AUGGACGAGUUUCACACCAGUAAGCCGUACUCCGGCUGCCACGAGCGCCUCCUUUCAGCUCGGCUAAUGAUGGAGGACAGGGGAAGCUUGCAGCUUUCGAGCGGUGACUGCGAGACCAAGAUCGUGAUUGGAAAGACCAUUGCUUAG